AUGCUCCCGUCGGGACAUGCAUGGAGGAAGUGCUCUGGGGCAGCCAGGGACCAGUGCAUCUGCAUGGGCUUGGAUCUGAAGCCUAGUAACAUUGUAGUAAAGUCAGACUGCACCCUUAAGAUCCUUGACUUUGGCCUGGCUCGCACGGCGUGCACCAACUUUAUGAUGACCCCCUAUGUGGUGACACGGUAUUACCGGGCACCCGAAGUCAUCCUGGGCAUGGGCUACAAAGAGAACGUGGACAUCUGGUCUGUCGGGUGCAUCAUGGCAGAAAUGGUCCUCCAUAAAGUCCUGUUCCCAGGAAGAGACUAUAUUGAUCAGUGGAAUAAAGUUAUUGAGCAGCUAGGAACACCAUCUGCAGAUUUCAUGAAGAAACUUCAGCCAACUGUGAGGAAUUAUGUAGAAAACAGACCAAAGUAUCCUGGAAUCAAAUUUGAAGAACUCUUUCCAGAUUGGAUAUUCCCAUCAGAAUCUGAACGAGACAAAAUUAAAACAAGUCAAGCCAGAGACUUAUUAUCAAAAAUGUUAGUCAUAGAUCCCGACAAGCGAAUCUCUGUAGAUGAAGCUUUGCGUCACCCUUAUAUCACUGUUUGGUAUGACCCUGCUGAAGCAGAAGCGCCACCACCUCAAAUUUAUGAUGCCCAGUUGGAAGAGAGAGAACAUGCAAUUGAAGAAUGGAAAGAGCUAAUUUACAAAGAAGUAAUGGAUUGGGAAGAAAGAAGCAAGAAUGGUGUUGUGAAAGAUCAACCUUCAGAUGCAGCAGUAAGCAGCAACGCCACUCCUUCUCAGUCCUCGUCCAUCAAUGACAUUUCAUCCAUGUCCACGGAGCAGACGCUGGCCUCGGACACAGACAGCAGCCUGGAUGCCUCGACAGGACCCCUGGAAGGCUGUCGAUGAUAAGUUAGAAAUAGCAAGCUUGUCAUCAGUGAAGGAACUCUCACUUCCAUGGGCGUGAAAUGCUUGGGAGUUGAUGGAACCAAAUAGAAAAACUCCAUGUUCUGCAUGUAAGAAACAUGAUGCCUUGCCCCUACUCAGUUGUACUAGGCUUGCCUUGCUUAGAUUAUAAAAUGAAGCAGAUUAUGUCUAAAGAAAAAAAAGUACAAACCACACAUUUAGAAAUUUUGUUCAAGGUCAUUUCAGGUGAGCAAUUAGAAUAUAUGAAUUUUUUUUUUAAGUUGUGCGGUAAUAGUGAUCAUUUCCCAUCUUCAGUAACUGUUGGGAUUUAUAUGCAUGACACAAAUGCUUGCUUGGAUUUGCCCUCUAGCACUUUGGAAAUCAGUAUUUAUAAAGCCAAAUAAUCUUCAAGGUAGUGCUGCUUCUAGAAUUGUCUCUUAACCCUCUUAAGUAAUUUUGUGUUUGUCCAGAAAAAAAUAGAUUUAUAUGUAUUAAUUGGCCACCAUCAUAUUAUAAUAUCUUACCUUCUUUUAGGGUAUGAAUUAACUUUCUUUCAUAUUUCAGAAGGAAUAUAAUUAAAUCUAUAUAAUUAAAAAAAUGUAACUUUUCUUUAAUUUGUCAUGUUUUAGGCUGAGAAUUAUCACUGCUAAGACCAGGAUACUUUGUUUUCUCUAAAUUGUGUUAGUCUGGAUGACUGUACAUUCAGUUUUACUGCAUGAUAGCAUUUUAAGUUUUGUUUUACGCUGCUUAAAACAUAUAUAUGUUUAAAAUCCUAUCUACGCCAUCUCUUUUUCCUUGGUCUUCUGGACUUACUAAUUUGAAGUGCUACCUAGAACUUCAUCUUCUUUAUUAGCCACCUAACACCCAUGUCAAUCACAUGAUGGCAAAUAGAUUCUUGACCCCAUCACCUGCUGUUAGAGUAGAAUUUUACGAAGUGAUCACUAAAGAUGAUGGCAGUCACUUGCUGAGUGCUUGUUUUGCUUGCGCCUGGACUGGGUCCUAUCUUACCUCCUCUAGGGUAAGAUACAUGAUUUCACAAGGCAAAGUUUCCCUCUUCCAACACAGCAUUCUUCCUCGACUUUGUUUCACAAGAGAAACCACCCAAACCCCCUUUGGUCUGUUUUCGGAAGCAGGCUGACUCAGAAUGCCUGUUUGUGGUCGUCCUCCAGUUUGUGGAGGCAGUUCCUUUUUCGGAGGGGAGACCUUCUGAGGGAUAGGGAGGAACUGUCCUAAAGGGUAAUUAUUAACUGGUAAACAUUUCCUGAUUUUAAGCUGCUCACCUGAAAUUGAUACUUUCAGACUAAUAUGGAAAUUAUUCAAGAUUCAGUAAGAUCCUGAGUACUGAAGUGUCGUUGCAGAGAUGGAGUUAUGAUGGUCACUCACGGCUACCUGUGCUCGUGAUGCUUUCCCCUGGGCUUAUUCUACUGCAGAUUCAUACCUUUUGUUCAGUUAUUUUGGAAGCUAUUGGGUCAACAUUGUCACAUUCUAUAGAAUGUGUUCUGAGGAGGAACUUUGUUAAGAAAGUUUAUUAUAAAUAUUAUCUAAAAUAUAUGAUUCUCUCUAUACCAUUUGUAUCUUAUUGGUCUUAUCACUGGAAACUGGAACCCUUGAUGAACAAAAUUAAUAUUGAAGUAAUAAAUAGUUUUCUAUUGUGAUGUUUAGACAUGUUCAGCUGUAAGAUGGAAUACUAACUUGGAUUGGGGCAGAAACACCUGUUACAUAGCUGAGGAUUAUUUGGCUUCAGAGGCCUGAUGGUAUAGUGAAGAAAGUUAUCGCUGUACGUAUAUACACAUCUUAAAAUGACCUAAUACACAUUCCUUAAAAAGACUUUACUAAAUCUAUCCUUGACAAGAAAAGGAAAGGGGAGAGUUGUAAAAAUACAUUGUCUGUCCUCAGCUUACGAUAUGCAGCAGAGGAACGGGAGGGCACAUGGAAGGCCCACUGGGUGACUGCAUCCAGCCAGGUGGCGUUUACAAGUGGAGCUAGGUGCCAUGCCCAGGGACUUUCUGCUCACUGCUUCCUCCUCUGUUCACGGAUGAAGUCCACGAUGGUGUGGACGGGUUUUCUGCCAAGACCACCUUCCGUCAGCAAGUGAUGAGUGCACCCCGUCAGGCCACGGUGCUGCAGACCGCAGAGCUCCUCAGAAGUACCUCACCCCAGUUCAGGGUCCUCCCUCCUGAGCUGGGACGUGCUAGGGACCUGGUGCAGUGCAGAUGGUUCCACACUGCUCUCCAUGGAUAAAUUCUGGUGUUGGAUAAAGAACUGAAAAAUGUGCUCAAUUUUUCAUCUUUUCUAUUUUAUUUUUGUAAUUUAUAUUGUACACAACCCUGGAAGUAACUAUUUUGGACACAUAUUUUUAUAAACCAGGUAAUUUAUUAUUAGCCUGGAAUUUGGACUAGGUUCAUUUUGUUUGUUGACUUAGUUUUUUGUUAAAAAGGAAAUGACUGCCUCCCCUGUCAGGUCUUGAUUUCAAGUGCAGGCUCCAGAGAGCAGACAGUCUGUCAGAGUAGGAGAGCAUUCUAGAAACAUCCUGCUCAGCGUUGAUCAGCUGUGGAGACAGGAGACAGAAUCAAGGCUCUGUGCUUGCCUGUGCACCAUGGCGCUCAGAGCCGCAUCCUAAAGGAGAAAAUGCUUGGUAGGCCCCUGCUGACACCCAGAGUCCAAAGUUGAAACACUGAAUGGGAGACUGUUUUAUCCAGAUUUGAUGCUGUAUAAAGUCAUGGUAAUGAUACAUGAUGAGUUCACAUGGUUGAUUUCUAGUGUAACUCCUCUGGUGUUUCAUACUGGUAAUAAACACAGGUGUGACCUUUCAGAUUGCAUAUCUCAAAAGUAACAUUGCCUAAUGUUUUAUAAUAAAAUAUAUUAUGUGUGUUUUGAUUGGUGAAAAUAAUACAAAUACAUUUUAAAAGAGAAGUAUA